CCAAUGGCACGGCCGCAGCAGCGGUAUCGCGGCGUGCGGCAGCGCCACUGGGGGUCCUGGGUCUCCGAGAUCCGCCACCCGCUCCUGAAGACGAGGAUCUGGCUGGGCACGUUCGAGACGGCGGAGGACGCGGCGCGCGCCUACGACGAGGCGGCGCGCAUCAUGUGCGGCCCGCGCGUGCGCACCAACUUCCCCCACGACGCCGCCGACGCGCCGCCGCCGACGCACGCCGCCUCAUCCUCGUUCCUCUCCGCGGCUCUCGUCGCCAAGCUCCACCGCUUCAACCUCGCCUCCGUGCAGGCCGCGCAGCGCGGGAGCAGCAAUGACGACGACGCCGCCUCGUCGCGCGCCGCGGCGGUCUCCGCCCUCCCCGCCGCCAGCGCCGGCGCCGGCGCCGGCGCAAUGGGCGGCAAUGCGCCGUCGGCGGCCACGUCGGAGUGGAGCGGCGGCUUCCUCGAGGAGCAGUACGUGGACCAGAUGAUCGAGGAGCUGCUCGACUCCAACUUCUCCAUGGAGAUCUCCUGCUGA